AUGCUGUCGCGUCCAUCUGGAGUUGUCGCGAAACGCUUUGCUUCGGCCGCCGCCAAGUCAGCCGGAGUCCAAGAAAGAACCACCGUCCUGGAAAACGGUCUCCGUGUCUCGAGCGUCGAAUUGAAUGGAGCCACUUCCUCCAUCGUAUUGGCAUUCCGUGCAGGCAGUCGUUAUCAACCAGCUAACAAGCAAGGACUCACCCACCUCAUCCGCAACAGUGUCGGACGUGAUGCUCCAGAAUUCCCAGGAUUGGCUCUCGUUUGGAAUACUGCUCAAAACGGAGGACAAUUGACCGCCGUUUCCAACCGUGACGUUCUCGCCAUUGAAGUCAACGUUGUCCGUGAUCAAUCCGCCGUCGCCCUCUCGCUUCUUGGACAACUCGGAAAUAAUGCCUUCAAGCCAUGGGAUGUUGAAGACGUCAAGCACGACACCCUCCCAGCUGACGCCACCUACCUCACCGGAACCACCAUUGCAUUUGAGCAACUUCACCAAGCUGCCUUCAGAAACGGAGGUCUUGGACUCUCCAACUACAGCGUCAACAACGUCUCUGCUAAGGACUUGUCUGCUUUUGCCAAGGAACGACUCGUCGCUGGAGAAGCUGUUCUUGUCGGAGUCAACGUUGAUCAUGACACUCUCGUCCAAGCCGGAAACUCCCAAUUCCCACUUGGUCAAGGACAAGCCGCCAAGGCUGCACCAGCCAAAUAUUUUGGAGGAGAGAUUCGCAAAGAAGGACGUGGAAACCGAUCGUAUGUUGCCAUCGCCGGAGAGGGAUCUUCCAUCACUUCUGUCAAGGAUGUUGCCGUUCAAGCCGUUGUUGCUCAAAUUCUUUUGAGCGCUGCUCAAAAAAUCACCUCUGAGGCCAUCUCAGUGAAUGUCAACUACCAAGAUGCCGGACUUGUUGGAGUUCAAUUUUCUGCCGAUAACUCAAAAAUCACCGAAAUCUCCAAAUCUAUUGCCGCUGCUAUCAAGAAAGCUAAUGCCAACGGACUCGACAGUGCUAAGAGCGCCGCUUCUGUCCAAGUUCUCUCGGAGGCUCAAAAUGCUUCCGGAGUCGCUUUGGAGAAGGCCACCCAAGUUCUCGCUGGAGUCGACGCUUCGCCACGUGAUAUCUCGGAUGCCAUCAAGGCAGUUACUGCUCAAGACGUCACCCAGGCUCUGUCUCGUGUCAAUGGAAAACUUUCUCUCGCUGCCUAUGGAAGCACCGCCCUUGUUCCGUACCUCGACGAGCUGUGA